GAGCCUAGAGAGAGGCGACGCGAGGAGAAACGGCCUCCUCUUCCUAUUGGCUGCGACCGUCCGGGGAGGUCAUGCCCACUGCUGGCCAGUGGCCGUCGGAUAAAGCCGUCCCCCCGCGUCGCUGCGCUUUAGGAUUCUAAGGAGGAAAGACGUGUUAUGCUAAUGAGAACUGCGAGGAAUAGGCCCGCCAAUGGGAGGUGGCGAAAGCGAAUCUCUCUCGCUGAGAUGUGGAGAGCGCCGAUUCUAUUGGCUGGAAGCGCUCGUGAUCUCACAACCGUUGGCAUAACAGCGCCAUAAACGUUUCCGGUCGGGAGAAGAGGCGGUUAAUGUUAUGUGAAAUGAAGCCACUUCCUGUGGAUUCUAGAAUAUUGUCUCUGACUGCUCAGAUUACUGAAAGUCCUGAUCAGGAUAUUCCUGUGUUGCUGCUAAAGUUAAAAGAAAUUUUAACGAGUGCAUCCCCAGGAAGUAAUGAAUCAAAGAAAAUUAAACAAGACUUAUACUACUAUGAUCUAGUCCAGUACUGUCUACUAGUCCUUAAGAAAGAUUAUACAAAAGUGCCUGGAGGAUGGACUACUGCUGCCCAGAUAGCAGAGAUAUUAAGUCAGUGUUGUGUAGGUCUUGAGGUGAAAACAGAACGUGAAGAGUUUUACAGUAAACUGCUUCCUUCUGCAGUAGACAGCCUCCUCUUUUUGGGAAGGCGUUUGCAAGCACAAUUUGUUCGGGCAAUCAAGGAUGAAAAAAGGAAUGAAUUUCUACAUUGUUUCAGGACAGUGACUGAUGCCAUCUGUUGGUUGUGUAGAGGUCACAUCCAUCUAGUAGAAAAUGUGCUUCAAAAUAAACACUUCCAGCAAUUGCUGACAACUGAUGAUGCUGAAACAACAACCCAGACUCUGUCACUCUUGCAGAAUAUUUUAAGGACCAAUAGUAAAGCAUUAGUUCAAAUAACUGAAGAGGCCCUACACUUCCUUCUGGAUGAACUUAUUUACAAGAUUUCCUCUACCACCAACCCUGCCAGAGGAAAUGCAACUGUUAAACUGUUACUUUUGAUCACAGAAUCUGAUGCCCAACUUGUUAUCACAGUGAAUGCUCGCUACAAAGGGCUACAUACUCUUCUAAGCAAGCAAUGGACUGGCAAAGGAUUUGACAAGAAUCUCAAUCAAUUGCUGGAUUUGCUGGAUGCAGAAAACUCCAGUUCUUGUGGUCCACAGAAAAUGCAUCAAGCAGCGUGUUUAAUCCAAGCAUCUUGGAGAGGAUAUCAGACGCGAAAAAGAUUAAGGCAGCUUCCAAAAGCUAUAACUAUCUUGCAAAGGAAAUUUAGAGCUAAAAGAGAAGAGGAAUUACAAAGUUUAAAAAGACAGAGAGAAGAAGAGUGUCUCCGUCAACAACUGCAGCUUCAGAGACAAAGAGCCAUGAGGCUGUUUCAUGAGCGGCAGCUGACAUUAUUGGAAAUUGUCCAUGCAGGUCAAAUAGAUAAGCAUAUGCAUGAAAUGAAAGAGAAAGCAGCCCUAACCAUCCAAAGAUACUGGAGAGCAUUUAAAGCAAGGAGAAAUUUUCAUCAGCAAAAAAGAAAUCUCAAGGAAUAUAAAGCAGCUGUCCUCAUUCAGAGAGCGGUGCUUAAAUUCUUGGAAAAGAAAAGAAGAAAGGCAUAUUCUCUCUGGAAACAGCCUGAAUCUCUUUCAGAUGAACAGAGGAUAUCAUUGCAGCAAAAGGUGGAAAGCUAUAUCAAAUUGCACCCAGCUUCUGCAAUGUCAGAAGAAAUGAGCAGAGAACUUCAUCAUCAAGCCCAGGAAAAACUAGCCCACUAUAUGCUGAGAAAAAGAAAAGAUCAGAAAGCAAAACAACAUCGAGAGGCUUUGCUAGCCCAAGUUCACACAGAUGUGGAUCAAUUGUUAAGUGCUCCAAGUCUCUCAGAAUGUACCAUGAAGGAUCUGAAUGUCUUUAUGAGCAGAUCAGUUCCUGUGGUAGCUAAAGCCAAACAAUCCCAUAAUACAAUAUUAAAAUAUAUGCAGUGGCCCUGGUGGAAGAAACUUGAAGAAGACUUCUUUAAAGAAGAGGUUGAUUCAGUGGAUCCUGCAACUGCUGAAUUGGAGACUUUAUUCAUCGGUGGAAGCAGAACAUGAUUAUUAUACAACAUAUUCUAAAGAAGUAAUUGUGCACUUUUUCUCCCAUGAUUUCCCCCCAAAAUGUAUUAACUAUUAUCUUCUGAAUUCAUAAUAAAAUUCUACAUUCCAGAUAUUGAACUCUGUGUAGAAAGUCUGAAUCUGACUGCUCAGAUAAUUUCAGAUGAUCUGUAGAAGUGUAUUGUAUACAUUUCUAUACACUAAGAAUUGUAUAAUUUUGACUUUUUUAAAUGACAUUUAAAACUGGAUGCUGUAGAUUUAGAACUAUGGGUACACAGAAUAAACAAGGAGGGAGAUCCCAAAUUAUCAUAGAUGUAUGCAUAUGUGUUGGGGAAUAGCUUUUCUUGUGAAUAAUCAUCCUGUGUUCAUAAUAUAGAGUCUUUCUGCCUGUUUAAUUGUUAAGAUAGCAUCUGAAUUUGAAUAUAAGCCUUUUGGCUGCAUGCACUUUACCAGAUGUGCUUGGUGAUUCCUCAACUCCUCUCAUAGACACAGAAAAGCUCUAUUCUUUUAAAAGACAAAAACAGAAUUCCAGACUUGUGAAGCAAGAGGUUUCCGUAUCUAAACUAGGAAAAUAAAUAGAGUGUUCUGAAUCACCCCAGCAGGAUUCAGAUUAUUUUAAAUCCUUUGUUACAGAAAUCAGUACUGUAAUUGCUCUAGUUAAGUCAUUGCAAUGUUUUAAUUUAUUCUGCCUGAUUUAAAAGCCUUGUUCUCUCCCCUUCUUUAUUUCUGCAUACUUAGGACAUUCUGAGUAAUUUCAGACUGAAUUUAAGAUUUAUUUAAUGUCUAGGAUGAUGACAAAUUUUCAAAACCAUCUCUUUCUCAAUAUCUCUAAUUAUAGUCGACUGGGACGAUUGUGUUUGCUCAGAGUAUUGAAUGUGUUUUUGUAGAUCAAAUUCAUAUAUCUUUUGAGUUACUUAAAUAAACAUCUUUUUUUAA